GACCAAAACUUGAGCUAGAAAACAGACACGCCAGAGAAUGCUCUAAUUUCACUGUCCAAAACCUUCCCUUUUCAUUCCAUUUCAUUUUGGUUUUCAUCACUUUUUUCAUUGUCAACCUUUCCUUGAAUCAUUGCAACCUUUUCCGCAUCUCUGAUUCUAAAGAUGGGUGUGAAAAGCAGGGGAAUAGUUUUGCACACAGUUUUGUUAUUUGUACUUUUUUCUGCCAUUUUCCCACCCGCUUUCUCAGCUGCCAAUCAACCUCUCAAAGCCAAGAAACCCACCACUCCAUCUUUUGAUACUCAUCGCCUUCGCUCCUCAGCUGUUUUCAGGGUUCAAGGGAAUGUAUACCCUCUUGGGCAUUACACAGUGUCCCUCAACAUUGGCUAUCCCCCGAAGCUUUAUGACCUUGACAUUGACUCAGGUAGCGACCUCACCUGGGUUCAGUGUGAUGCACCAUGUAAAGGGUGCACCAAGCCUCGUAACCAACUUUAUAAACCCAACAACAACCUUGUGCGAUGUGUGGACCAAUUGUGUGCUGAAGUGCACUCAUCAACAGACUAUAACUGUGCUACCCCAGAUGACCAAUGUGACUAUGAGGUUGAGUAUGCAGAUCAUGGAUCAUCUCUGGGUGUGCUGGUCCGAGACUACAUUCCCCUUCAAUUCACCAAUGGCUCAGUGGUGCGGCCGAGGAUAGCCUUUGGGUGUGGAUAUGAUCAGAAGUACUUAGGUCCUACUUCGCCACCUUCUACAGCUGGAGUCCUUGGCCUUGGCAACGGCAGAGCAAGCAUUUUGUCUCAGCUUCAUUCUUUGGGUCUGAUCCGCAAUGUGGCUGGCCACUGCUUGAGUGGGCAAGGAGGAGGGUUUUUAUUCUUUGGAGAUGAUCUCAUUCCCUCUUCAGGAAUUGUUUGGAUACCCAUGCUGCCUAGUUCUUCGGAAAAACACUACAGCUCAGGACCAGCACAGCUGUUUUUCAAUGGAAAGGCUACUACUGUUAAGGGUCUUGAACUUAUCUUUGAUAGUGGGAGCUCUUACACAUACUUCAACUCCCAGGCCUAUCAAGCUAUUGUUGAUUUGGUAACUAAUGAUUUGAAGGGAAACCUGUUGAAAAGAGCAACCGAGGAUCCAUCACUUCCAAUUUGUUGGAAGGGUGCAAAGUCUUUCAAAUCUUUAAGUGAUGUCAAGAAGUAUUUCAAGCCCAUAGCAUUGAGCUUCACAAAAGCCAAGAAUUUGCUGAUGCAUCUAUCACCAGAAGCUUAUCUUAUUGUCACUAAACAUGGCAAUGUCUGCUUGGGAAUUCUAGAUGGCACUGAAGUAGGACUAGAAAAUCUUAACAUAAUAGGAGACAUCUCUCUACAAGAUAAAAUGGUGAUUUAUGAUAACGAUAAACAGCAGAUUGGAUGGGUUUCUUCCAGUUGUGAUAGGCUUCCCAAGUAACACAUUUAUCUCUUGUGAUUUCUCAUGUAAUUGUGAUCGCCGAAGUCUUAAUGUCUUGUAAAGAAAUUUUUUUCCUGUAACAGUGUGGAUCGUGAUUUUGAAGGUAAUUUUCCACCCCCAUAUGCAGUCAAUUUGGGUAUCUUUGGGGAUCAGUGCACAGGAUCUUAUGAAGUAACAACUGGCCAAUGAGUUUUUUGGGCAGAGGAUACUCGGAUGUACAUUAGAUAGCAGCUAUAAUUACAUAUGUUACAACAUAUAUACAUAGAUACUGUUUUUGUUUUGUCAGCUUACAAUAUUUUAUGCUUCAUAAGUUUCAAUUGAUGAAUUUGUAAAUGACUACUUUUAAAACAUUCAAGGCCCUGAGUUACUG